UGUGGCUGUGGCUGUGGCACGCGGUUACCUCGGUUGUCCAGAAUUGUCAAGAGGACCUCCAGCCUUGCUCGUUACAAACCCACUUGCUACGACCACUACUACCAACAAAGGACUCAUGGCGGAGCCCAUCCUCUCCUCUCGUGCCUCUCAUCGUCGUCAACGUCUCGCCCAGCUCGAAUUGGAACAACAAGCUGAAGAUAUAGAAGCCUUUGAAGCUAUCAGAGCUUGUAGUGUUGAUGUCGAUGCCGAUGGGGAAGUUGCGUGGUGGGAUUUGGAUGGUUUGGCGUUUCGCGGUUCUACCAACAUUGCCACCGUGAUCAGCCAGCAGCCGCCAAAACCACCGAUUACCCCGCCUUUGGUCACUAAGCCGGCAGAGCAGGAGUCCUACUUCCCUCAACACACUGUCGAGAUCCUUGUACAGAACCAUUUGGCCAAGAGGGAGCUUCAAAAGCAGAGGAGCCCUGUCAAGGCUGUUUUUGACACGAACAACAAACUGACCGACACGGACUCAACGAUCCGCGUGCCAUUAGCCAAGCGCAAGCCUCGAUUCACUGAUGCUAGCACGAAUGCCCCCUUUCCUCGCGCCGAAGGAGAAGGAGAAGGAGAAGUGCCAGACCCAGAAGGUGACAUAGAUGUUACCAUCCGCCUUCCAACAGCUAAACGAACUUGUCGUGUCUCCCUUGCUACUCUUGCUACUGGUACUACCGGUUCCAACACGUCCUAUCCAUCCUACAAUAAUAACAAGUUCCCUCUCAUUCCUGUCAAACGCGACCGUUUUAGUGCCCCACCUGUAAUGUCCCACGUCCGGGCCCGUGCACACACCUUGACUUCUACUUCUACUUCCCUGCCACCUGCGUCUCUUGACCGUGCAUGGAGCAGAAUUAGAGGCAUUGGCCGUGGUACAGCUGUGAGCGGAAGGGAGAUCCCGAGGAGGCCAACACCUGCUGCCGGUGUGAUCAUGGGUGGUUCUACCAUGUCGUCUUUCCGCGCGACCUCGAAGAGGAAGAGGGAUUAGUCUCGCGUAGACGUAGACGUGGGUCCUAGUUGACGAUGCCUGGAACACCUAAGACGAGCGAAUGAUGACCAACUUGGACGACAUUUAUCAUCAUGAAAACUAUACGAAGAAUACGCACAAAGCGAAAAUACUGUAUCAAUAUCCCUCCCGAUGAUUACCAAUUACCACUUUUGCACCACUUCCUAGAUUUAUUAUCUCUUUUUUCGCUGCCCGUCCGCGUACGCGAAAGAUGUAAUACUACACCGGUUCCUUUACUUCUUACCUCUUACCUAUCAUACAUCAUACAUAUCAUACAUUCAUACUAUACCCUCGAUUUGUAUAGCUCAUUAACCUAACACACUUAGAUCACCAUCACUCAAAUGAUGUUAUGACUCGGAG